GCGAAUCCAAAAUGAAAUUCCUGUUCGUAGCCGCCCUCAUUGCUCUGGCCAUCCAGGUGACUCUGGCGCAGACUUCACCUGCAACAACGGAGGCAGCAACAGCUACAACGACCGUUGCAUCCGCAGCUACAACAACGACGACAGCUGCCUCAGUGACCACAGCCACGACUAAGAAAACAACAAGGAGAUGCUGGAGGGGAAACAAUUGGUGCAACACCCGCCAGCAGGUGAAGUGCAAGAACCCCAAGAAGUGCAUCAAGACCAUUGUGGUGGUGCGUCGCAGGAGGAACUGAGUGAUCUGAA